UGCCGCGCUGUGAGAGAGAGUGUACGUGUCUCUCCCUCUUCCUCUCCCUCCCCCACACGCUCUCUUUCCCCUCUCACCCACACCGUAGUCUCCCGUGUGUGGCGUCCCCCUGCAGCACUCCAGGACUGUAAGGAAUACUGGCAGGAGCUCUGGAACUUGGAGGAUAAAGAUUUUGCUGGCAGAAUGAUCAAGGUGGCGGUGGUGGUGGCGGCGGUGGUGGUGGCAGCGGGGGCCAUGACAGUGACACAGACGGAGGAGGGCGCGCUACCCCCUGAACUUAAGCCUAUCGUCCCCGGGGGCUCCUGGUUCGACGACAUGGCCCUGGAGAGACUGAGAAGCAAACAUCGCCACGUGAAGGAACUGGGAGGCUCCACAGACGAGGAGGACCCUGAGGAAAUGUUCAUCAUGGCUCGGCUGCGUGACCCUGAAAUAACCCUGAUCAGAACUGACUCGGAAGGGAAGGAACCGCAGAAGAAGGGGCUGAAGACGCAGGACACACGAGAGGCCCUGAGAAGCUUCAUGAGGCAGCACACGGAGCGGAGGGGUGACGAAGGGAGCGAUGGGGAAGCCGCGCCAGACUCCCCUGAUCCGUCGCAUACGAUGUCAAAGGAAUUUAUGGAAAUUUACAAGCGAGAACUACAAAAAUUUAUAAACAACUUCAUGAGUGUGAUGCUGCAGGCUGAGAUUGGCGGAGUGAGCAUUGAGAACAGGAGUGAAGAGAAGGAGAGCCAAGCCGUCCGUACAGAGGCUAACAUCGUGGCCACACCCUAGACACACCCUAGACAUCCUUUUCACCCUAAACACACUCUACCUAACGUAAACACACCUUAAACACAUUUUAUUCACCCUAAACACACUUUAAAUACACUCUAGACAAGUUCUACUCACCCUAAACACACCCUACGUACCUUAAACAUACCCUACCCACACCCUAGCCACCCUAACACUGCCAAACUAUAAUGUAAACUUGCUGUCGGGUCUUACACAUCCCUAUGCACAUCCUAACUACACCCUAGCCAGUGGUUCUCAAGGUGGAGGGGUGUAGGGUGACUUGUUAGGGUGGCCCAGUGCAUUUGGUCAUAAAGUUGCAAUGGAAAAUUUAAUAUGAAGUUAGAUCUAAAUAUUUGGCUUUUCCUGUGUUAGUAAAAGGUCAAACGGAAAGAAGCGAUUUGGUUGGGUAGCGUACGAGAAAAUUUGUCUUAUUCUUAACGUAAUAUUGAAAAAAAAAAAAAAAAAAAAAGAUCCAUAUUUUUUUAAUCUUUUCAUCUUGUUUUAUUUAUUCAUUUCUACUUUGUUUUUUAUUUAUUUUAUUUUUUUUUAUUUGUUUAUUGUAUUGGCUAGUGUGGUAGUCCAAGGUCUUACAUAUUUGAGAACCGAUGCCCUAGACACACCCUGCAUCACCCUGACACACCCUGCAUCACCCUGCCACACCCUACCACACCCUGCCACACCCCCACCACACCCCACAGCAUUAUCUCCGCGUCCAACCACACUACAUACCGCAUCUAACAUUCCCAUCCGCGUCCUCCACACAUCUACACUACUAUUGCCACACCUAGCAUUGUUAUUCAUUCCUGUAUCUCCACUACGCUAUCCACACGCCAGCUUCUCUACAUCCACAUCUCAUCCACAUUCUGAUCAUCUCCAUCUUAUAAUUAUUAAUGUAUCUUUAUUUAAUAUUUCUUUUUUUUUCUUUUCUUUCUUUUUUCUUCCAUUUUUUCUCCGAUAAACUCAGGAAUGUAUUUUUUUUAUUAUUUUAUUAUUUUUAAUGUAAUUUAUUUUUUAUCUCAACUUAAAUGUGAGAUAAAUAAAUGAAUAAAUAGAAAGGUACCAGAAUUAUUAUUAUUAUUAUUAUUAUUAUUAUUAUUAUUAUUAUUAUUAUUAUUAUUUUACUCUACAAAAACUUUAAAAAAUCCUUCAUGUAUUAAAAUUUUGUCUUCAAAUAAAAAAAAAAA